AUGGCGGAAGAAAAUCACACCUCGACUUACAACAGAGGAACUUUGGAGGUGGAGGACGAUGAGAAUCUGUACUCGGACGACUCGGGCUCUUUCGUUGAUAGCUCCGGCGUCAGCGAAACAACAUCUAUUUCUUCCAGCAUUCGCCAUUAUAAGUACGAAAAUGGUCGGCGAUACCACGCAUUCCGAGAGGGCUCAUACAACAUGCCGAAUGAUGAGAAGGAACAAAACCGUCUAGAUCUGCACCACCAUAUCCAUCGGUUGAAGCUGGACGGGCAGCUAUUCCGCUCUCCCAUCCCGAGCGAUGUCUCCCGAAUUCUCGAUCUGGGGACUGGCACCGGUAUCUGGGCAAUCGAAGUGGCCGAUCAAUUCCCCACGGCGAAAGUCAUAGGAAACGAUCUGAGCCCCAUUCAGCCUACAUGGGUUCCCCCAAAUCUCAGCUUUGAGGUGGACGAUUUCGAGUCCGAAUGGGAAUACUCCAAGCCAUUCGACUUCAUCCACGCUCGCGACCUGCAAGGCUCGGUAUCCGAUUACGAUCGCCUCGUCCAGCAAGCCUCCAAGAACCUGACGCCCGGCGGAUGGUUCGAAUUCGCAGAUGCCGACUUGCUCGUUUGCUGCGACGACGAUACCGUCAAAGAGGCAAAGAACAUGCUCGAGGCGAACCGGCUGGUAUGCGAUGCAAGCGCAAGGUUCGGCAAGCUGAUGGGAACGGCCAGCCAGCACAAGAAGCGCCUUGAAGACGCAGGAUUUGUCAAUGUCCGCGAGGAGGUUUACAAGAUUCCUUUCUCGCCCUGGGCAAAGGACCCGAAGCUGAAGGAACUAGGCAAAUUCCACCAGGUCAAUAUGCUAGAGAGCCUGGAUGCCUACAGUUUCGCUCUGAUGACACGGGUUCUCGGAUGGCAUAUCAAUGAGGUGCAUGCCCUUCUUGCUGGUGCCAGGGCGGAAUUGCUGAAUCGUAAUAUCCAUAUGUAUGCUAAGUGGUAUCAUGUUUACGGCCAGAAGCCAACCGAUUAG